CACAGGGUCCCUGGAUAGCCCGGAUGCCCGCUCCUCCGUGAUUUUUCCAUGGCUUGAAUUACCUGCCCUCCAGCUAUCAUACCGUAGUCAUUCACCGCCCUUCAUAACUUCACACCCUUUUCCCACGGGGCAGGAAGAACAAGAGGAUCCGCCCCUCGCACCUCUAACACCCGAUGUCCGUGGGAGUAACGAUAAUAAUAUUCUUUCUGCCCCGUGUUGGGGAAUCGUUAAUUAAAAAUACCCUCGUCCUGCCUGUCGCCGCCACUCUUUCCCGAGACUUUCUCCCCCUUUUGAUUCCCCCGUAAAAGUCCUCGCUCGCACACCGGGGAAAUACGGCCACGAGAUGCGUUCCCCGAGUUUGUGUUUGCUGGCAGCCAUAGCAGCUAUGGCUGUCACUGCUAGCGAUGUCAAGGGAAGGGUGUUCAACCGAUUCGUCACUAUUUGGCUCGAGAAUACCGAUUAUGAUAAAGCAGCUGGGGAUCGUGAGCGAAGCCUGAAUCUCUGAAGCUUGGCUUUCGUGCCUGCUGACAUGUAUUUCUUCCCCAGCAAACCUCUCCUGGCUUGCAAAAAAAGGUGACAUUUGCACCAGGUUCAACGCGCGCUCUCAGGGUCGCUAACCCCCUCUGUCGUAGGCAUACUCUUGUCAAACUACUUUGCUGUCACUCAUCCUAGUGAGCCCAACUAUGUCGCCUCGGUCGGUGGGGAAUACUUUGGUAUGAACAACGAUGAUAUGAACAAACUCCCGGCGAAUAUUUCAAGCGUGGCCGAUCUGUUGGAGGGUAAGGGUAUCUCGUGGGGGGAGUAUCAAGAGGACAUGCCGUACACUGGUUUCACAGGGAAUGAAUACCGGAAUCAGCAGACCCAGGCAAAUGCCUAUGUUCGCAAACACAAGUGAGCAAACUUGACCCCGACCAUUGCUUUCGGCUUGGGGCUAAUGAGCGAUAUCCUAGUCCUCUUGUUAUAUUCAACUCUGUUGCCGAUGUCCCUGAGCGUCUGGCAAAUAUCAAGAAUUUGACCCUGUUCUGGUCGGACUUGGAGGCACAGGAUUUGCCGCAGUGGGUAGGCAGGCUGUGGCUUCUCUGAACGGUCUGAUGCGGCGCUGACAGAAACCAGAUUUUUAUCACGCCAAACAUGACAUCGGGUGGGUCGCUAUGCUCAUGGCUAGACUACCACUCUCUAUUAACAUUAUUCAGAUGGCCAUGAUACAUCUGUUACUGUCGCUGGAGCCUGGACUCGGUCCUUCUUGGAACCACUCCUCGCCAACGACUACUUCAUGAAGGUAGGUAGCUUCUCGAUGGAGGUCUACCGCCAGUUCCUAACCUUCCCUUUAGGACACUCUAAUACUUGUCACCUUUGACGAAAAUCACACCUAUACACGGCCGAAUCGUGUCGUUGGUAUCCUUCUCGGAGGUGCCGUGCCCGAGAGCGUCCAUGGGACCACGGAUAACAACUACUAUGGUAUGUAUUACCAUUCUAACCCUGGGCGGCGCGCAUCUAACAACCUCAGAUCACUACAGUGAAAUAUCGACGAUCGAAGCGAAUUGGGAUCUCCACACCCUUGGCCGCUACGACGUUGGAGCCAACGUUUUCUCACUCGUUGCAAACAAAACCAAGGAUGUUGUCCGCAAGCACUCUAACCUAGACGGUGUCUAUCUCAACGAGUCAUACCCCGGCAUCUUUCACCGUAAGAAGUGGGCUCCACAGCCCGUUCCAAACACAUCGCUCAAUAUCAAUGGGCGCUCCGUCCUCCCAAGCGUGGUCAAGACCUGGGGAGGCGAUGAAAACCAGAAACAGACAGUAUACGGUGGAGACCUCGAGAUCCCCAGUGCUGCCAAUCGUCCAAAGUAACCCUAACUUUCCCGGCGCACACCGUUGGUACAUGAUGCUGACGGACCUCUGGCUACGCUUCAAGGGUUAGGAAAAACAGCGAAGGUCAAUCGAGCAAUUCUUCCUCCAAUUCGUCAAGUCCAUCAAGCCCGUCCGGCCCACCCAACCCUUCUCCAUCCUCGGGCCCUAGCCAGUCUCUGGAUUCGAGGCCCUCGGGCGCCAUGCGGUACCUGAGCGAUAUUUCAUGCAUAUGGCUCGUUGUGCUGUUGGUGAUGGCGUUUGUGUAACGGGCGCUGCGCAAGAGGCGCGAGGGGCGAUGUUGAUGUAAGCAUAAAGUUUGUGUUGUACGAGUAGAUCUAAUCGCAUACAAGUAUCAAACGGGG